AUGACUGGAAGGGGGAAAGCUAGAAAGCCCGCAGGCGGCAAAAAACACACCAAAUCGUUUAGGGCAGGUUUAGUCAUGCCUGUUGGUCGAGUCCAUCGUUACCUUAAACUCGGACGGUACGCCCGGCGUACCUCCACAGCUGCGUCGGUCUAUCUUUCAGCUGUCAUUGAGUAUCUUGUUGCUGAGGUCAACGAACUCUCUGGAAAUGCAGCUAAAGCAAAUAAGAGGAAGACAAUAACCCCUCGUCACAUCAUGCUCGGCGUGCGUAACGAUGCUGAGUUGAAUGAAUUGCUUAAAAACGUGCACAUCUCCCAUGGCGGUGUCCUUCCCUGCAUUCAUCCCUCCUUGCUCAAGCGCAAAUCCUUUCAAAACACCGUCGGAGCCACUGUAAAUGGCCCCGCGCAGGUCGUUUCCGCGCUCUCCACCACGGGUCGUGGGUCUGCUGGCGGUGCCGCAACGUCAACCGGAAUAUCUGCGACGCACGGACCUGGAGCAAGCACCUGA